AUGGCUACUACACGUUUGCAUAUGGUGAUGGUUCCAUGGUCAGCUUUUGGUCACCUUAUACCCUUCUUUCAACUCGCUUUACAAUUAGCCAAAGCUGGUAUCAAAGUCUCCUUCAUAUCAACUCCCGGAAACAUUAAAAGACUGCCCAAUGUUCCAUCAAACAUAGCAACCCUUUUAGACUUGUUGGUCUUUCCAUUGCCAAACUUAGACGAUGAGCAACAGCUGCCCGAAGGUUGUGAGGCGACUGUCGAUAUCCCUUUCGAGAAAAUCCAGUAUCUGAAGAUUGCAUACGAUCUGCUUCGUCAACCGGUGAAGCAGUUCGUCAUAGAUCAAAAGCCAGAUUGGAUUUUGAUCGAUGUGAUUCCUCAUUGGAUGGUGGAAAUAGCUCAAGAACAACAUAUCCCUCUCAUUAAUUUCUCGGUUUUUUCGGCUUCAGUUUAUAGUUUCUUUGUGAAUCAGACGUUGACGAGGUCAUCCCCGGAAAGUUUGAUGUCACCGCCUGAGUGGUUUGGUUUUUCUUCUCCAUUGCGUUAUCCUAAAUCCUUAGCUACUGCCAUGCACGAAGGGUUUCAUGGGGAGAAUGCUUCCGGGAUAUCGGAUGCUGACAGGGUUCACAAAAUUUUACAAGCAUCUAAAGCUGUUGCGUUUCGUACUUGCCCUGAAUAUGAAGCUGAGUACUUAAACGCAUUCGAGAAGAUAACCGGCAAUGGCAGCAAACCAGUGUUUCCCAUUGGUUUGCUACUACCAGAAAAACCCCAAGGAAGACAAACCGGUGAAAUUUUUAGGUGGCUCGAUGUUCAAAAGCCUAACUCAGUUGUGUUUGUAGGGUUCGGGAGCGAGUGCAAGCUAAGCAAAGAACAGACACAUGAGAUAGCAUAUGGGGUGGAACUAUCGGGGUUACCGUUUUUAUGGGCACUAAGGAAACCCCACUGGGCUUUCAAUGAACUUGAUGCGUUGCCUUGUGGUUUUCAAGAGCGUACGCGAGGGAGAGGGAUGGUCUGCAUCGGUUGGGCACCGCAGUUGGAGAUACUAGGACACUCUUCAAUAGGGGGCUCUUUGUGUCACGCCGGGUGGGGCUCGAUUAUCGAAACACUGCAGUUCGGACACUCUCUCGUGGUGCUACCUUUUGUGAUAGACCAACCAUUGAAUGCAAGGCUUCUGGUAGACAAGGGUUUGGGUGUAGAGAUAGAGAGAAGUGAAGACGGGUCAUUUAGCCGGGAUGAUAUAGCUAAAGCUCUGAGACUUGCAAUGGUGUCCGCAGAAGGAGAGAAACUAAGAAUCCAAACUAGGGAAGCAGCUCAAGUUUUCGGCAACCGAGACCUGCAUGACAGUUACUUCAAUAGAUUUGUGGAGUACCUGAAGGAAAAUGGAGCUGCAAAUUAAACAAAAAUGGAGGAAUGAAGGAUAUGCUAAGUUAUUUAUUUCGGACAAAAUGUUAGGUACCUUCCGUUUUAUUUCAAUGUCCACUUAAAUAAUUUGACUUGCCCUAUAUGUUGUCCCAUGUUAUAUUACCAUUUCCAAUGACUGCAAUGGCAUGAAAUUAAACGACACCAAAUUCAUAGUUGCCCCGAUCA